ACGCUGCCGAGCCGUUUUCCCUCCUCGCUGACGGAGUUAGCAGCUAUCUGUGUUGACGUUCAGAAACACGAAGUUCUGACGGUGAGCUCUCCAGACUUCAUAGCUUCGUCUCGCUAGAAGGAGGUUCGGCUGAUAGACCGAACCGUCACUGCAGUUUCGGUCAAGAAGUUCUAUGAGGUCCUGUUAGCAGAUCAAGAUGUUCAACAAUUCCUUUGGAACUCCCUUCGGUGGGGGGACUGGGGGCUUUGGUUCCUCGUCAACCUUUGGUCAGCAAAACACAGGUUUUGGGACAACAGGAGGUUUUGGAACAUCUGCGUUCGGGGCGACCACCAACACUGGAGGAUUGUUUGGCUCCACACAGAACAAGCCUGGCGGUUUGUUUGGAUCCAGUACAUUUAGCCAACCAGCGACUUCCUCCACCAGUACCGGCUUUGGUUUUGGUCCGGCCAGCGGAACGUCCACCAGCCUGUUUGGAAACACGGGAACCGGCGCCAGCAGUGGACUUUUCUCCCAGCAGAAUAAUGCGUUUGGUGCCAACAAACCAACUUCUUUUGGAAGCUUUGGGACAAGUGCCAGCAGCAGUGGCCUGUUUGGGUCCACCAACACCACCACCAACCCUUUUGGUGGCUCCAGUUCCCUGUUUGGAGGCUCUGGGUUUGCGGCGAAUCAGCAGCCAGGAACAACAGUGAAAUUCAAUCCUCCAACAGGAAGUGACACGAUGGUGAAAGCAGGCGUGACCACAAGCAUCAACACCAAACAUCAAUGCAUCACAGCCAUGAAGGAGUAUGAGAACAAGUCUCUGGAGGAGCUGAGGCUGGAGGACUACCAGGCGGGCAGAAAGGGUCCGACCAACCCCAUCGCUCCAGGGACGGGCGGUCUGUUCGGUGGAGCCACACCCACGUCCAGCGCUUCAACGGGCCUGUUCGGCGCCUCCGCAGCCAACACCAACUUUAACUUUGGGGCAAAUAAGUCCACGUUUGGUGCUACCACGGGCUCCUUCGGAACCACCACAGCAGGUCUGUUUGUUCAACCGAACCAGCAGCCAGCCAAUAGCCUCUUUAAGCCCUUUGGAGCCGCCACCACCACCCAGAAUGCGGGCUUCACCUUCGGCAACACCAACACCACGGGUCAGCCCAACACCAGCAACACGGGGUUGUUUGGAAGCACGGCGGCUUCUCAACCGGCCAGCUUGUUCGGAACCACCCCGAGCGGCACCACCACUGGUAUUGGGACGGGCACUGGGCUGUUUUCUCUACCAAACCAAACUGGUUUUGGAAAUGUUAGCACACAGUUGUUUGGGAAUAAAUCCAAUGUUUUUGGACCCACCACCAGUGCUCCAUCUUUCGGCACUGCGACCGGGAUCUUUGGGAACAAGACCACUCUGACUCUGGGAACCGGAACCAACCCCUCCACCUUUGGUUUUGGUGGCAACCAGGCUGGAGGAGGACCUUUUGGCACCAAGACGGCCACUGGUGGACUGGGAAACAACUUUGGAACCGUCGGCACCGGGGCAACUCUGUUUGGAAACAACCAGAACAAACUGGGCACCACGUUGGGAACAAUGGGACCUUUCGGAACCACUGUUCCAUUUAACAGUGGAGCGAGCGGUCUGGGUUUCGGAGCGCCGCAGCAACCUGUCGCUCUCACUGAUCCGAACACCAGCGCCGCCCAGCAGGCCAUGCUGCAGCAGCAGCUGAACGUCCUGGCCUACUCUCCAUACGGAGACUCACCGCUGUUCAGGAACCCGCUGUCCGACCCAAAGAAGAAGGAGGAGCGUCUGAAACCGACCAAUCCAACGGCCCAGAAGGCUCUGACCACGCCCACUCACUACAAGCUGACCCCUCGACCCGCCACUAAGGUUCGACCCAAAGCGCUCACCUCCUCUGGAGCCUCUAAGUCACAGCUGUUUGACGGUCUGGACGAUGACGAACCGUCGCUCACCAACGGAGCCUUCGUGCCCAGGAAGAGCAUCAAGAAACUGGUGCUGAAGAACCUGAACAGCAGUCAGUACAGCAGCAGCAGUCUGAACAAGGAGAACGACGACCUGGCCUCGCCAUCGGACUAUCCUCAGAACGGACACAGCCAAGCAGAGGAGGAGGAGAUACGGGAGGUUCCAGCUGUGAGCAGCCGGACCGACGAUGACCCCGAGGUCACCCAGUUCUACGUGAACCCCAUCGCCAAGCCGAUUCCACAAGGCCGGACCCAGACCAGCCUGCAGGACACCAUCAGUGACCUGAACCUGCACAAGCAGUCGAGGAACGGCCUGGAGCUGAGCAGCAACGACGUGUCGGCGUCCUUUGGGGAGGAUUCUCUGCAUGAAGACGAGGAGGAAGAGGAGCAGCAGCAGGAGUCUAAACAGUCUCCUCAUCCUGCAGGCAUCAUUCUGAACCGUGUGGGUUACUACACCAUCCCCUCCCUGGACGAUCUGGCUGAGAUGGUGGAUGGAAACGGGGAGUGCAUCGUGGAAAACUUCACCAUCGGCAGGAAAGGUUACGGUUCCAUCUUCUUCCCUGGUGAGGUGAACUUGACAGAACUGAACCUCGAUGAGAUCGUCCACUUCAGGCGCAAAGAGGUCAUCGUUUACCCGGAUGACAAGAAGAAGCCGCCGGAGGGGGAGGGGCUUAACAGGCGGGCCGAAGUGACUCUGGACGGCGUCUGGCCCAACGAUAAGACCACCUGCACUCAGAUCCGGAGCCCCGAGCGCCUGGUUGACAUGAACUACGAGGGCCGGCUGGAGAAAGCUUCCAGGAAGCAGGGAGCCCGUUUCCUGGAGUACCGACCUGAGACCGGAUCCUGGGUCUUUGAGGUGACCCAUUUCUCCAAAUAUGGGCUUCAGGACUCUGAUGAAGAUGAUGAGGUUCCGCCUAAAACGGACCCCAAGAAGCAGAAGACGACGAUGUCACUUCCUGCUUCCAGACUGCAGCAGCUGCUUGCUCCCACCCAGCAGCAGGUGGCGCUACAGGCUCAGUCCACCGUUGUGGAUUUGGCGAGCGGCGUGGCGGAGCUGGACAGCGACAUGGCUGACAUCACUCAGAGCGUCCUGCCAGAGAGCAUGCUGGGAGCAGAGGACGAGGAUGGCGAGCUGCCGCCGGCUGACGUGGACACGAUGAAGCUCGGGGGUGUGGUUUUUCCGGACCACGAGCUCACUGGGUCCAGCCACAUCCCGUCCUCGCUGGGCAUCAACCCACACACCCUCCAGAUCAUGAAGGCGUCUCUCUUCACUGAGGAUGAGGAAGACGGCGACAUGUUCCAGAACCACAGAACCGUGAAGGUGUCCACUGACGUCUCGUCCCCUCGGCUCGUUCUGCCCGGAGCGCCGGGUCGACCCUCUGUUGGGGGUCUUCUUCAGGCUCGCUUCACUUCCGGCCCCUUCCCUCAGUACUCGGACCCUUCUGGUCCUGCUCGUCCUCUGUCCCGCGGCUCUCCAGCGGUGGCCGACCCCGCUCGACCCCUGCAGUGGAAGAGUCCGGGCCCCGCCUCUUUCCUGCUGCCGCCCCACAUUCCAGAACCAGCGAUCCGAAAGGUGGGAGUCCGGCGCCUGGGCGGGCCCGUCCCCCUUAAGGAGUCCGUCACUCAGGGGAAGGGGGGUCUGUUGAUGGACACGGGCCUGUUCGCCACUCGGUCCUUCAGAGUGGGUUGGGGUCCUGGCUGGACCCUGGCUCACUGCGGCAGCCGGAUCAGCUCACAGACGUCCAAACAGCUCGAGUACCAAGAACUCGGCACCAAGACGGACUUCAGCUUCCUGCCCAAACCGUCCCGGAGCAAACCACUCACUGAGAGCCCCUACCAGGUGGUUCUGGAGCACCUGGUAGGACUGGAACCUCCACAGGGGACGACCAGUGAGGAAGAGGACAGCCAUGCGAUGCUGCAGCGCCCCCUGGAGAUCUGCUUGAAACACAGCGCUGUCGGCGUCCCAGAGGGAGUCUCCUGUCCUCUGGUGGAGCCGCAGACCGGCGUGGCGGCGCUGCACGAGUACGCCGAGUGGAUCACUGAGCUGAACGACAGGCAGGGAGAUUUGGAGCCCAUCCUGGGUCAUUGGGCCGAGGUCUGGACUCUGUGUGAGGCCCUUUGGGGCCAGUUGGGUCCUUCAGAUCAGGAGCCAGGCACAGAUCCGCUCAGCGAGUACGAGCAGCAGCUACAGAGACGGCGCGCCUUCUCAGCCUGGCUGUCCCACGGUGCCUCCUGCAGGGUGGAAAAGGAGGUGGCGCUGGUGGGGAAGGGCCGUCACACGGAGGCCAUCUUCAGCUACCUGACUAGCAGCCGCAUCAGCGAGGCAUGUCGACUCGCUCAGAAGGAAGGAGACCACCGUCUGUCCCUGCUCCUGUCUCAGGCUGCCGGCUCUCGCUUCUGCCGCGAUCUGCUCGCCCUGCAGCUCGCCGACUGGAACCAGAUGCAGACCGACCACUACUUGACCGAGGAGAGACUUCGGAUCUUCGUUCUGCUUGCUGGGAAAUCUGUUUGGCAGUCGUCGGAGUCGGUGGUGAACGUGUGCUCCGAGCUUGACUGGAAGCGCUGCGUGGCCGUGCACCUUUGGUACAUGUUGCCCCCGACGGCAUCUGUGGCCGACGCCCUCGCUAAAUAUGAAGCUGCUUUCCAGGGCUCCACGGAAGCUGGGAGGUACGCCUGUGCCCCCCUGCCGCCUUACCAGGAGGAGGAGCUACCGGAGGAGGGGGAGGAGUCUACGCAGCCGCUGUAUGACCUGUGUUUCCACCUGCUGAAACUCUACAGCGACAGACACUACAGCCUGCAGCCGCUGCUCGACCCGCUCACAGUCACCUGGCAGCGCCUGGAUUACCGCCUCAGCUGGCACCUGUGGGGCGUCCUGCAGGCGCUGCAUUACACCCACCUGAGCAGCUCCCGUCAGGGACUCGUCCACGCCGGCUACGCCGCCCAGCUGGAGAGCGCCGGCCUCUGGCACAUGGCCAUCUUCAUCCUGCUGCACAUCCCCGACCACAAUCAGCGAGAGCGAGCCGUCAGGGAGAUGCUGACGCUGCACUGCCCCCUGCAGGAGACGGAAGAAUCUGUCCGCAGGGAGCGCUUUCUGACGGAGAGGCUGCUGAUCCCGGAGAGGUGGAUCCAUGAGGCCAAGGCCACGCGGGCCCACAGAGAUGGUGACCGGCACCAGCAGGCCAUGCACCUGUACCGAGCCGGAUACUGGAACCAGUGCCACCGGCUGCUGAUCCAACACCUGGCCUCAGACUGCAUCAUCAACGACAACCACGACUACCUGCUGGACUUCCUGGAAGGCCUGGCGGUACCAGAACACAGCGCCAGCAUCCAGGACUGGGACACAUCAGGAAGAGUGUACCUGGACUACAUCCGAGUCAUCAAGUCUCUGCAGGACAUCCAGCAGAUGGAGAACGCCGGGUACGAGUUGGAGCGUCUCCACACCGACGUGACGUCUCUCUGCAGCCGGAUCGAGCUGUUACCCUGCAGGACGGCUAGAGACCGCCUCGCCCAAUCAGAAAUGGCGAAGCGCGUGGCGAACAUCCUGCGGGUGGUGCUGAGCCUGCAGCAGGGCGACGCCGCCGCCGACCCGCUCAGCAUCCCGCUGGCCCAAUUGGCGCCGCACAUCAGCCGCCUGCCGAUGCCCGAAGACUACACACUGGAGGAGCUGCGGAGCCUCACCCAGUCGUACCUGCGGCAGCUCAUCGUCAGCCAAUGAGAGCGCCGGCUGAUCUCGGACGUCAGGACGCUCUGAGGGGGAAAUAAAAACAGAACCAGUGAUCAGGGAUUCUGAUUGGUGGGUCCAACGAGACCGAGGCUGAAACCCAGGAAGCAACAAGCUGCUGAUGAUGAAACCAACCAACUGAUCGGGAAGUUUGCAGCUCCGCUACCUUUCAACACAGAGGCGGGAAAACAAGUUGGAUCGUUUUAUCCCGUCUCGUUCUGCAGGAUUUCAGAAUAAAAUCAGACAUUUAUGACACAUCAGGAAAGGGUUCUGAUCAACCCAAACAAACAAGUUGGAUCCAGGCAGAGCAGAAAGAGAAUUUAAAGGAAAAUAUUUCCUAAAAUGUUUCAUGAAUUCUUGAUUUUCUUCUUGUUGUGUCCAGAAUUUAUCGACCCGCUCCGUUAGGUUGAUUCUCACGGAUCAUUGAUUUUAUCAGUGAGUCUGAUCAGCUGUGGAUAUGGGAAUAAAGCGGAUCUUAUAACGAAACCGGCGCCGACUGAAGAACUCGGAGAGGAUUUGGGAACUAAACUCAGAUGUUCUAUUUUUUUAAGGUUUGUGUGGGAAUGAGUAGCUCAAUGUUUCCCCUCAUUGUUCUGAUCCAAUGAUGUCAGUUUCUUCACUGCGUGACAUCAGAACCAUUUAGGAAGCGUCAGAACUUUGCUUUCUUUAGACUGGAGGAAACGAGUUUGAUUGAGUGUUUUUGUUGCCAUGGUUUCCAUGGACGGACUGUCGCAUGUUUUCCUGCUGCUCAGAUUUUUAAUAAAGUUGAAGUCGAAAUAAA